CCAUAGUUGACAGGAUCCCUGUCAGAAUUCAGUGAGUCUUAGAUUGAGUCAGUAGGUCUGACAGUCAGGGGUUGACGUCUACGUGGUGAGGUUUGGAACCACUAACCCGGUUGUACACUUAUCACCAUGGUUGAGACCCGUAGUGGGAAGGAGACUAGCCCCUACACCACUGAGCAGCAAGAAAAGAUGGCCGCCUUAGUCAGAGAGAGUAAGGAGAGGAACGAGCGUGAAAAGCAAGCCAAGCUAAAGGCUAUCGAAGACGAGCAGGCGGCAAAGAUGAAGAGAUUGGAGGAGGAGAUGAAGAAAGUACAACAAGAGGAGGAAGAAAGAAGAAAAGUUGCUAAAGCAGAAGCGGCAGCAGAAGAAGAGAAAGAGAGGAUGAGGAUUGAGAGUGGAGAAGGGAGUAGUAGUGGCACGAUGACGAGGGAGACAAAUACAAGGCUGGAGAAGAGGAUCAGCGAGUGGGUCGCUAAUUUAUCGUUGGGGGAAAACGAGGAGGCGGAGUCCUAUGUAACUAAGGAUGAGAAGGUUGCGCUGGCCGCCGAGCUAGCAACCAUGACAGACCCGAUGGAACGAAGAGAGAGGGAGGAGGAACAAAAGUUAGCAUGGAARCUGAGGAUGAAGAGAGAGAAGAAGAAGAGGAGAGAGGAAGUGAACAAGAUGACCGCAGAGGUGGCAAAGGUGCAGGAGUGUAGAGCGGAGGUGCUCGCCCAACCAGACGAUAAGGCCAAGUGGGACAAAGUACUGGGGUACCUGGAGGUGUUGAGCAAGGCCUGGAUGGAGGAGCGCCAGGCAAGCUGGAGCCAGGAUGUAGCGUUGAGUGCCAUGCGGUCAGGGUUUCGAGAUUUUGCGCGCGAGUUCGUCACCCAUAUUGGGGGCGAAGUGAAGCAAUUGAGAGAUAAUGUAGGGAAGUUUUGUGAGGGCGCCAUUCACGGUGCCAAAGCUGUAGCCGCUGUAGAGGGAGAGGCCAGACCCCGUAAGGAUCCAGUGAAACUCAAGUUCCCAAAUGCGUACGGGGGGAAGAAGGAAGAGAACUUUGACAACUGGAAAGCCAGUGUCAACAGUUAUAUUUACUUGCAACAUAUCCUAACAGAGGAGCAAGUCCUCGUAGCCUUCCAGGCCCUGAAGGACGAAGCGGCUAGCUUCGCCAGGUCACUCGCGCGCGAGGCUAAGACUGCCCGCUUGUUCCAUGUGUCUGGUGUAGACAAUACCUUGGCACAUUACUGUCUCAGUGCUCCCACGUUCGCGCGAUUAGUCAAAAAGGAGCAGUUAGAGGAACAGGUHUUUGUAGUUUAUGUUAGACCUGUCACUGAGGCCCAGGAAAAGGAUAGUUCCACAAAUCCAACAAUUGCCAAGUUCCUGGAAGAAUUCAAAGACUUGACUGAGUCACCGAGAGGAGUAGUGUCGCGACCCAUCCAGCACAGGAUAGAGAUAGAGCCUGGCAGUAGAACUCCUAAGGGUGCAGUCUACAGAAUGUCCCCUAGAGAGUUAGAGGAGCUUCGCAAACAGUUAGACGAGCUCCUUGAGAAAGGUUGGAUCAGGCCCAGUUCGUCUCCUUUUGGAGCACCCGUUUUGUUUGUCCAUGAGAAGGAAGGAGAACUGAGAAUGUGUAUAGACUAUAGGGGAUUAAAUGCGAUCACCGUAAAGAAUGCUGAGCCGCUGCCUUGGAUAGACGAUCUUUUAGAUCGGAUGCGGGGUUGCAAAUAUUUCUCUAAGAUGGACUUAAAAUCCGAAUAUCAUCAGAUAGAGGUCCAUCCUGAUGACCAGUACAAGACUGCGUUCCGGACGAGAUACGGGCAUUAUGAGUUCAUAGUGAUGCCCUUUGGACUAACCAACGCGCCAGCUACUUUUCAGCGUUUUAUGAAUGACCUGUUUAGACCGUGGUUAGACAAAUUUGUGGUAGUUUAUCUAGAUGAUAUUCUAGUUUUUAGUAAGACCCUCCAGGAGCACAAGGGUCAUCUGAGGCAGGUCUUGGAGAAGCUUAGAGAGGCUAACUUCAAGAUCAACGCGAAGAAGUGCGAGUGGGCCAAGACGCUAGUCUUGUACUUGGGCCACGUGUUGGACGGAGAUGGCAUUAAGCCAGAGGACAGCAAGAUCGCGGCGAUUAGAGACUGGCCGACGCCCCGCACACUAACAGAGUUACGGUCGUUCCUAGGCUUAGCUAAUUACUAUAGGAAGUUCGUGAGGAACUUCUCCACUAUCGCCGCUCCCUUGCGCAGACUGCUAAAGAAAGAGGCAAUCUGGCAAUGGGAUAAAGAUUGUGCGUCUGCGCUCAAGAAGUUAAAGCGCGCAUUAAUAGAAUAUACUGUCCUCAAAGUAGCAGAUCCAUCCUUGCCAUUUGUCGUUACCAUGGACGCGAGUCAGUAUGGGAUAGGCGCCGUGUUGCAGCAGGACGACGGUAAUGGUUAUAGACCCGUAGAGUUCAUGUCAGCGAGGAUGCCCUGUGAGAAGGUUGCUACCUCCACRUACRAGAGAGAACUCUACGCUCUCAGGCAGGCUUUAGACCAUUGGAAGCACUACCUGCUUGGGAGGCACUUCAAAGUYUAUUCGGACCAUGAAACGCUUAGAUGGUUGAAGACCCAGGCCAAGAUGACACCUAAGUUGACCAGGUGGGCCGCAGAGAUAGACCAAUUCGACUUUGAGCUCAAGCCAGUGAAGGGCAAGUAUAACGUGGUUGCAGAUGCCCUAAGUAGGAGAUCAGACUACUUGGGAGCUGUAGUACACUAUCUGGAUAUAGGGAAAGACCUGCAGGAGAAAGUGAAGCAAGCGUAUGCGCAGGACCCUAUCUAUAGCGACCUCCUAAAKAAAAUUAGAGAGGCUCCAGAGACCGAACUAGAUUACCGCACUACAGACGGAUUGCUGUUUGAGAAGACUAAUGUUUUUGACCGCCUGUGCCUCCCCAACAACGAGGAGAUUCGUAGUCUGAUCCUAGGGGAAUGCCACGAUACUGAGGGACACUUCGGUUGGCAAAAGACAUUAGCCAACCUAAUGCGCGCGUAUACCUGGCCCGGAAUGAAGAAUGCCUGCAUAGAGUAUGUUCGCAGUUGUAAAGUGUGCCAAAGGAAUAAGGCUACAACACGCGCACCCCUAGGUCUUCUCAGACCCUUGCCUAUUCCGAAUCAGCCGGGAGACUCAGUGUCCAUAGACUUCAUGGACACCCAAGUCAAGAGUAGAUAUGGGUGAUCCAGUGUAUGUGAACAGUGAGAUGUUUGGGCGCUCAAGUCGCCAUAGCCAAUU